AUGGCGAACGAAGAACAGAGAAGGGCCUUUGAGUCGUAUAUGGGUCGCGUGAGUAGUAGCAACACGCAAGGCCAGAGUCAGGCUCAGCCGGUUGCUCAAUAUCCCGGUUCAGUUGCCCAGCCAGGCAACCCAUAUCUUUACCAGCAAUUCCCUGGGCUCGGAGUCCCUCCUGCGGCACCUACACCUCCGCCAGCAGCGCCGUCAUCGGUCGCUUCGUUCCAGGGCUACCAGGGCGCGUAUGCAAACGCUGGGUUUGGUCAGCCAAUGUACGGUCAAAACGGGAUACCGCAGCGUCCGCCGCCACUGGGCGAUGCUCAAGCACAGCAGCAGACACAAACGCAAAGCGGACUUUCGGGAUCUGCGGGCUAUACCGCGCAGCCUCCGCCUCCGUUGACGGGUGGCAGCUGGCAAUAUAGUCAGGCAGAUACCAGGAUGAGCGGCGGUCGCAGCGGCCCGGUCACAGGCGCCAUGGUCUCGCCAUCUCGCCACGAUUCACAGGAAGUUGUAGAGUCUCGAUCGAGGCAGACAAGCAAGAAUUAUUACUACCAGCGAAACAGCCAAGCGCCAUCGGGUGAAGCGCCGUCAGUGGAAGAAGUGGUCGUGCCAGUUAUGCUCUGUCAUACCUGCAGCCACUGCGGGCAGAUGCGCUCGGCAGGCUUCCACCGUAACAAUCCAGUUGUCCCGGGCAAAGCUCUGGUUUCUACGCGCUGCCGCCGCUGCCAGAAGAAACUGGAGGAUUCGCAUCAUCGGUCGAGCAGCCGUUAUACACGCAUCCGCAAGUGCUCGGCUGACGAACCUUGUGACUGGCCUAGAGAGCCUUUCCGAAGCAGCACUGGCUACGAUGAGGGCAGGGGCAGACAAAGGACCAGAGAAGAUGCAUACAUGAGAAGAAGCUCUUCCAGUCGCCCUCGAACCGUCAGACGCGUAUCCAGUCAGGCGCGUCUUGGUCUGCAGGCAUUGCAACAACCGUCCAGUGACUCUAGGCGAGAGCGCACGGUACGAGCAUCUUCAUCGAGUCCGCGUCCUUCGCCUAGAUAUACCAGCGAAGUAUGGCCUCCGCCUGACAUCGUACGCAUACAACCGACAAGGUCGGAUGGGGCUUACCCGGCACCUCCUGAGCCACUUCCAAGUCGUGCCGCCACCUAUGACGGCGCAUGGCCACCUCCAGAUAUCGUCCGUACGCAAUCAUACCGAGAUACCGAAAGAAAGUCUCUACGACGCCAGAGCUCACGCAUCAUCGAACUGAGCCCUUCGCCUCCGCCAUCUCGUCCUAAAGUAGUGUAUCGAAGUGAGUCGCAGGAACGGCGGCCCACAAGUCGAAGUAUCUCCCCCGUAUGCAUUGUAUCUCGCGGAGAAGCGCGCAGCGAAGAAGCGCAGACACGUCUGAUGUCGCAUCCCCGCCCCUUUCGAAGAGUCGUUCCCCGCCCCUCAGACGAGACGUCUAGUAACGGCGGCAACUCGACACCACGGCCACGCGCAGAGUCCCCCAGCUACAGCAUCUCAAAAGCCAGUAGCACCCCCACCCACGAACCUCCGUACCACCACCGUCUCCGCCGCCAGCCCAGCAUGCGCGAAACGGAGCACAGCAUGCACGUUGAAGUGGGCGGGCCCCGCGUCCACUUUGGCCGCAACCAACAAGUCUUCGAACCACCACCACCACCACCACAACCAGUCGAACACCCAGCCCGCCCGCGCUAUCACACCCACGACCAAACCUCCAACACGGCAAGGACAUCAGCGCACUACAGAACGUACUCCCGCUCGCCCCCACCGUCAUCCCAAGACUACAAUCGCAUCCACCUCAGCCACCACCACCAACGCCGCCGCCGCCGCUCAGAAGUCUCACCACCACCUCCACAUCGACUCCACGACGAUGAAAUCAGGAUUGCACGACAUCGCCACAGGGAAUCAUCUCCCCAACUCGUAACCCGUUUCGAAGAGCUGCAUGUACGCCGGAACACGUCGCCUGGUGCAUCGCAGCGCCACCGCGCUUCUCAUCGACACUCUGCUUCGCCGUCGCCAUCGCCAUCGCCAUCGCCAGAACGUGCUUUACAUCGGUCCCACUCAUUUUACCGCCAUGUUUCCCGUGCAGAAGCUCGACUCCCACUACCACGUCUCCGCUCCAAAGAUAGACUUGCUGAUGAUGAGGAUGAGGAUGAUGAUCACACGGAUUCUGGGAGUGCGCGCGAAGCACACGUCUUGGAGGUGAGGUCGUACAAGGGCGUUGAUGGAAAGGCCCGCUCUGCGUCGUUUGUGCGCGAGAGGAGCCGCGCUAGGAUGUUGGCUGCGGGGAGUGAGCGUGGAGGGGAAUAUGCGGAUUUGGGGAGGCGAGAGAGGGUUACGAGGGUUUGGAGGGAUGCGUGA